UUACUUCUUUUAGAUUUUUUCCAUUUUUUUUCUGUAACUCAAAACAGCUCAUCAUGGAGGCCUAAAAUCCUUAAAGGGACUUAGUCUAAUCUCUGGGAGGUAGUUUUGUGCAUGAAUAAACAAAUUAAGUAGUUAAUUAGAGUUUGUGGCAUCCAAAGAAUGUUAUCAUUUAAAAAAUAUCUAGUUAUGUGAGGUAUAACUAUAAAGUAAUAUUGAGUUUUUUUAAUUUGACUGUGGAGAAGUGAUUUUACUUGGGACACAUUGUUGAAGUACUCUUCAAAAUUGGCUGAGCAAUCUGGCUGCUGUGUAGAAUAGAAAAAAAGUACCUAUGUUUGUUAAAGAUUUAGAAAUGAAUGACAGUUAUCUAGAACAAAGAGUUAAUAUUCAACCCUCUGUUAAAUUAGAGAAAUAUGCAAACAAGACCUUUGACAUGUUUAAAGACUUCUACAAUGACAAAGAAAUGUCAAGAACAAAACUUUUUGAUAAGUACAAGAAAUUUAGACAAAGUAGGAAAGAUGAACUUGAUGAUUGGUGAAUAAAUUAUCUAACCAUUGAUAAGACUCUUGGUAUUUUAGUUUGUUCAAAUGGGCUGUUAUCUCUGAGACUGAUAAGAAUAAGAAUGAUGGCUAGAUGGUUACAUUUUGAUAAAGGAACAACCUUAUUCAGAAGUAAAAUUUACACAGAGACAAUAAUAAGCCCCAAGAAGGUGUUAUAACAAUGUGUAAAAUUUUUGACCAGUGAAAAACUAAAAUUAGAUACAAUAACUCACCUUUGAGAUAUGUUUUUUUUGUGUGUGUGUGUGUUUUGCCACCUGGAAAUAAAGCAUUAAAGUCUGCAGUGGAAAAUCCCAGUAUAAAAACAAAAACAAAAACAAAAGAAAGAAAAGAAAGAUCCCAACAGGAAACCAUGCUUACAAAUCACUGCUAGAAAAACCAUGAUGAUUUGUUUAUUGGUCAUUGCUGAUAUUAUUGAUGCAGAACCUAUUCACUAGUAGCUAGUCAUAAUUGAGAUAUUCUGAGUUUUUCGGUCUCUGCUGUUCAAAAGGAGUGGAUGUGACAAAGUAAAUUUAUUAUUAUUUUGUCUUGAUAAAUUCCAGUUCAAGGUAUGCUAUCUGUGGAAUAUUUUCUGACCAUGCCAUAUUUGUAUUUGGCUAUCCAUCUUAACCUACAGACUUGGCACUUUUGGUUGUCUUAAAACUAAAUCCACUAUCAGAGUAGAAGAUUUGAUGUUGGCUCUCAACAGCAUGAAGCUGAAUUUAGGAGACCCAUUGAGCAAAUAAAAUGGAAUGUCUAAUUUGCUAAGUAAGAUCUAAUGGUAUCGCUAUUGCAAAGCAACCAGGUUCCUGACUAUUUAUGAGAAAUAAUUAUUCUUUAAUAAAUUUUAAAACUAUGCCUUAAGAUGUAUCAGUUAAUUCUGUUACGACUUAAGCUCUAUCUGGAAGAAAAGUUUGGAUUGCUUUGUUCUCCCCAUUAAAAUGAUUGUAGGAAGAAAAAUUACCUAAUCUGAGCAAGAUUUGGGAUAUACUAUAUGUCACUGAAUCUAAGAUGUCACCAAUUAUAAGGUAUACUAUAAUUUUAUAUACCUCUAAGAAAUAAAAAUGCUGCUAAUUAAAAUAUGAUAUGGCAUUAAUUUUAAGAUACCUCUCUAUAACAGAUAUUAAAAUAUGCAUCUUAGAGUCAGUGAACUAUGGCAUGCAUUCUUUUUCUCUUAUGCUUUCUACCGCCCCCCACCACCAAAUUUCACAAUCUAAAUAAAGCAAAACAAACAUAGUUAGAAUAUUUAUUUUCUGUAGAGCACUUAUCCAGCAUAACUUUCCACCAUGGGAGCAAGCUAGCUGUGUGAGUCAGACGUUUUAUCGAUAGGCUGGCUGAAUGUCACUGAAGCGUUCUUCUAGUGCACUGACCUGCCUGUUGAAGUGCCUCACACUAAAUGGCAUCUUGCUGACCCAAAGCUCUCUACACUUGCGAAGGCUUUGCAUUUUCAUCACAAGGUACUAUAGGGCGUCAUGCUUACAUUGUAUGCUCAUACAAAGGUGCUGUUAUACAUAAUUGUUCCUUAAGAUGUGUCAAUGCAGGAUUUUGAUCUUGCUGUGCUGAAACCCUGAAGACAGAGGAGAAAAAAAGAACAAAAUAUUUCCGUUCUAGGUGUUCAACCUAGAACUAAAACUAGAAAAAUCAAAGCCAUGCACAAAACUACCUCCCUAGAGAAAGGCUAGUCCCUUUUCCUCCCCAUCCAUUUCUUUAUGAACCUCGUAGAAAACAGCGAAUUCUUAUCAAAGCUGAUGAAAAGCGCCAACAUGUCUGAAAUGAAAUAUGACUUUUCCUGUGAACUAUACCGAAUGUCUACGUACUCGACUUUCCCCGCUGGUGUUCUUGUGUCCGAAAGGAGUCUUGCUCGCGCUGGUUUUUAUUACACUGGUGUGAAUGACAAGGUCAAAUGCUUCUGCUGUGGCCUGAUGCUGGAUAACUGGAAACAAGGAGACAAACCGAUUGAAAAGCAUAAAAAGUUGUACCCUAGCUGUGGUUUUCUUCAGAAACUAAAUUCCGGUAACAUUUCGGGAGCCACCUCUCCGCUUAAUUUGCCUUCUUCGGGAACAAAUUCCACACAUUCAGUAUUUCCAAGUUCGGAAAACAGUGGUUAUUUCAGUGGCUCUUAUUCCAGCUUCCCCUCAAGUCCUGUGAACUCUGAACCAAAUCACGAUGUGUCUGCCUUGAGAAGUCCCAACCACUGUAUAAUGAAUACGGAACACGCCAGGUUACUUACUUUCCAGACGUGGCCAUUGACCUUCCUGUCACCAACUGAUCUGGCAAAAGCGGGUUUUUACUACAUAGGACCUGGAGACAGAGUGGCUUGCUUUGCCUGUGGUGGAAAACUGAGCAACUGGGAACCAAAGGAUGAUGCUAUGUCGGAACACCUGAGACAUUUCCCCCACUGCCCGUUUUUAGAAAGUCGGCCUCAAGACACUUCCAGAUACAGUGUUUCUAAUCUGAGCAUGCAGACGCAGGCCGCCCGUUUCAGAACAUUCUGUAACUGGCCCUCUACUGUUGGAGUUCAUCCUAAGCAGCUUGCAAGUGCAGGUUUUUAUUAUAUGGGUCACAAUGAUGAUGUCAAAUGCUUUUGCUGUGAUGGUGGACUGAGGUGUUGGGAAUCUGGAGAUGACCCAUGGGUACAACAUGCCAAAUGGUUUCCAAGGUGUGAGUACUUGAUACGAGUUAAAGGACAAGAGUUCAUCAGUCGAGUUCAAGCCAAUUACCCUCAUCUACUUGAACAGCUGUUAUCUACUUCAGAGAAUCCAGAAGAUGAAAAUGCAGAGUUACCAAUUAUUCAUUAUGGACCUGGAGAAAACCAUUCGGAAGAUGCAGUCAUGAUGAAUACACCUGUGGUUACAGCUGCCUUGGACAUGGGCUUCAGUAGAAGGCUGGUAAAACAGACAGUUCAGAGUAAAAUUCUAACAACUGGGGAGAAUUAUAAAAUCGUCAGUGAUCUUGUAUUAGAUUUACUUUAUGCUGAAGAUGAAAUAAGGGAAGAGGAGAAAGAAAGAGCAACUGAGGAAGAAGAAUCAGAUGAUCUGUCAUAUAUCCGGAAGAACAGGAUGGCGCUUUCUCAACAUUUGACUUGUGUGGUUCCAAUCCUGGAUAGUCUACUAAUUGCCGGAGUGAUUCAUGAACAAGAACAUGAUAUUAUUAGACUGAAAACGCAGACAACUCUGCAAGCAAGAGAACUGAUUGAUACUAUUAUAGUAAAAGGAAAUUUUGCAGCCACCGUAUUCAGAAACUCUCUACAAGAAAAUGACCCCACGUUAUACAAGCGUCUAUUUGUGCAACAGGACAUAAAGUAUGUUCCCACAGAAAAUGUUUCAGACUUACCAAUAGAAGAACAAUUGAGGAGACUACAAGAAGAAAGAACAUGCAAAGUGUGUAUGGACAAAGAAGUUUCCAUAGUGUUUAUUCCGUGUGGUCAUCUAGUAGUAUGCAAAGAUUGUGCCCCUUCUCUAAGAAAAUGUCCUAUUUGUAGAGGUACAAUCAAGGGUACAGUUCGUACAUUUCUUUCAUGAAGAUGAUCCAAAAUUUUGGCAUUAUGGGUUAAAUGUAUUGUAAUUUUAACUUUUAUAUUGCUUUAGUUUACUUAUUUUUUUAAAUUUAUUUACAACUCAGAAAAUUUUGUUUUACACAAGUAUAAAUAUAUUUAUGUAAACAUACAGCUAAACCAUAUAAACAUAUUUCAGAUAGCAAGAGAAUGAUAUGCUUCUUUUCUUGUGAACAAAAAAAUAGGGAUAGCACUACAAGUACAAUACUAAAUCAAAAUUCAGCACUACUGAAAUUGUAAGUGAAGUAAAAUUUAAGAUUUGUUAAUUAACCUUUCAGAAUUUUAAAUAUUUCGGAGUUAUAUUAAGAACCAAGAACAUGGAUCCUCUGUCUUUUUUGAUAAGUGUCCUAUACAUGGAAGGUUUUGAUAUUUGUUGAGUAACCUUUUAUAGACAUGGUGUUUUUGUAAGGAACUAUGUGAGAAAUGUUUUAAUAAAGCAAUCAGAAUUACUCUUA